AUGUUGACCAUGCAGGCUCUCUCUCUUCUUCCACUUCUCUUCAGCGUCGGCUGGUCAUCCCCGGCGCCAUUGCCUUACAAGGCGGGCUACCCCGGCUUCCAUGGUCCCGAAGGCACCAAGCCCGGCUUCGCUCCCUCCGGCACCGUCCCAUCUCUGUCUCGACAGAGCAGUCCCGCAGGCCCGACAAACAGCGCCGCUACGCCAACGGUUAGCGGCAUUCCGAGCAAAGCGAAUGAGACCAAGCCAGGCACCGGGGGCGGCGGCGGCCCGACCCUGCCCGAGGGCUUCGCGAAGAUUGUCUUCCAGGACGACUUCUCGACACAACAAGCCGGCGCCCUCCCCGACGCGUCAAAGUGGACGUUCGACAUCGGCACGGGCUACCCCGGCGGCGCCACGAACUGGGGCACGCAGGAGAUCCAGACGUACACAAAGGACACGGCCAACAUCGCCAUCUCCGAGAGCGGCACGCUGACCAUUACGCCCAUCAAGAACGGCGAGUCCUGGACGUCGUCCCGCAUCGAGACCAACGCCGCGCAGGACUUCACCUGCCCCGAGGGCGGCAAGCUGCGCAUGGAGGCCAGCAUCAUGAUCCCGGCCUCGGACCCGGCGACGCAGUCCGGCAUCUGGCCGGCCUUCUGGUCUAUGGGCUCCGCGUUCCGCACCAACGUCACCUCGUGGCCCAGCGUCGGCGAGAUCGACAUGCUCGAGGUCUCCAACGGCGUCGGCACCGUCUUCCAAACGGCCCACUGCGGCGUCAUCGACGGCGGGCCCUGCAACGAGAAGACGGGCCUCAGCUCCAGCGCCGAGUUCCCCCGCGGCGAGUUCGUCAAGGUCGCCUGCGAGGUCGACCGCUCCGGCGCCGGCGGCUUCGCCUCGGAGAAGCUCGUGUGGUAUGUCAACGGCACGCCGACCAAGACCCUCACCGGCCAGGAGAUCGGCGACGAGGCCGUCUGGAAGAACCUGGCCCAGACGCCCAAGAUGAUCCUGCUCAACGUCGCCAUCGGCGGCGAGUUCCCUGACGCCAAGGCCGGCACCAAGACGCCCAACGCGCAGACGGUGGGCGGGAAGGAUUCGAGGAUGGAGGUCAAGUACGUUGCUGUCUACAGCUCCUAG